UCUGGUGUUGAUUACGCGGUCCUUCCUUGACGUUAUUUCCCCAUCGACGUAUAUAAUUUCCGAUUCGGUUAUACUCCUCCUCCGACAUCCGGCCACAGAUUCCAGAGUCCAGUGCAUCACCAGUCAGUUAAGUCCUGGAUCGCGUCCGGCACACGUUCACCCGCUCCGCUGGCACCAAACGCUUUUCGACACAUCUCCGCAGUCCGAAAGUUAAACUCCACGUAUUUGCAGAAUGCCCCCUAUAUGGGUGGCAUUGCCAUUAUGUUUGGUCCUAUGUACACCUCUACAAGGCGAAGUGUACACAGCACUCUCCGAACUGGAAGAGCUGUUGGAUACCGAAUCUGUUCUUUUAAAAACUCUGCACCAAUACAUUACCGACCAAGAACAUCGAAUAGCAGUAUUAAAAAAACAUGCUUUGGAUUACGAAAAAGAACAUUCAAUUGCAGCCAAAGAUGUAACUAAUUAUCUAUCAAAUCCUAUCAAUGAUUAUUUAUUGGUAAAACGAUUAACUAGCGACUGGCAUAAAACAGAAAAAUUGAUGCAAGAUCCAUACUAUGAAACUGCUAUGAAAAAUUUGACUCAAUAUCGUGAACUUCUAAAGUUCCCUACAGAUGAAGAUUUAACCGGCGCGGCCACUGCGCUUAUUAGAUUGCAAGACACGUAUAAACUCGACACGGCAUCAGUUGCCAGGGGAGAGUUGAACGGCAUUCAAUACAGUACUCAACUAUCAGCUGGUGACUGUUUUGAACUCGGCCGCCAGUCAUAUAAUGGCUAUGAUUUUUAUCAUACAGAAUUGUGGAUGAAUGAAGCUUUAAGAAGGCACGAACAAGAGAGAUCUAAUGUGACAGUUCGUUGGGAAAUCUUGGAGUAUCUUGCAUAUUCUACUUUUAUGCAAGGAAAUUUAAAAAAAGCAUUAGAUUUAACUAUUGAAUUGUUAGCGAUACUUCCAAAUCACGAACGUGCAUUGGGCAAUCUAGCAUAUUACGAAGCUGCAAUAAAAAAUGGAACAACUGAAAUCGAUAAAAGUGAACAAUCUUCAAAAGUUACUACUGCAACGUUAGAUCCCGAAGAACGAGAGCGAUAUCACAUGCUGUGUAGAAAUGAAAACUUAAUGUCAGUCCAAAUUAGUUCCCAACUUCGAUGUCGUUACACAAACAACAAUAGAAAUCCUCGUUUAUUAAUUGCUCCACUCAAAGAAGAAGAAGCUUAUUUCAGUCCGCGAAUAAUUCUUUAUCGAGAUGUCUUGUACGAUAAUGAAAUAGAAGUAAUCAAGCGCAUGGCUCAGCCUCGACUCAAAAGGGCCACUGUUCAAAAUUAUAAGACUGGUGAAUUAGAAUUCGCUGAUUACCGAAUUAGCAAAUCGGCUUGGUUAAAAGAACACGAAGAUGUUGUGGUAGCAAAUGUUGCCAAAAGAGUUGAAGUGAUGACAGGCCUUACAACAGAAACAGCUGAGGAACUUCAAGUUGUUAACUAUGGAGUUGGCGGACAUUAUGAUCCACAUUAUGAUUUUGCUAGAUCUGAAGAAACCAAUGCAUUCAAGUCGUUAGGAACCGGAAAUAGAAUCGCUACUGUUUUAUUUUAUAUGAGUGAUGUUGCUCAAGGAGGCGCUACUGUGUUCCCUUGGCUAGGCGUAGCACUACAACCUGUAAAAGGAACAGCUGCUGUAUGGUUUAAUUUAUAUCCAAGCGGAAAUGGGGAUCUGAGAACUAGGCACGCUGCAUGUCCUGUACUUCAAGGCUCAAAAUGGGUGUGUAAUAAAUGGCUACAUGAAAUGGGACAAGAGUUUAGAAGACCAUGUGAUCCUAAAGAGAAUAUACAGGAAACGAUUAGCAGAUAAUUUUGGAAAUAUUAUUUAACUUCUUUCAUAUAAGUUGGUUUUUAAAUGAUUUGUCAUCUUAUUUAACAACAAUCAAUAUUAAACUUUUGUACUAUAUCGUAUUUAAAAUACCUUUUUCAACAUUGUGAUAAAUGUUUCUUUCAUAACUAUUAUUGAUCUUAUAAUAUUUUUAAGUAGUCGAAAUAAAUAUUUUUGAUAU